AAUAUUUGAAGUUACUCAUUAACUGAGACUUUCUGCCAUUUGAUUGUGUUUGGUAUUUUAAAUGCAGAGAGCUACCUAAAAAUCGUGUGAUGAAAAGUAUUGCAUCUGGAAUUUUGUGGACAAAAUAUAUUUGAAGUGAAGUGAGGGUGGAAACCUGUACGUUUGGAGUGAAGAAUCCUCAGGUGAGGGUUUGAAUAUCGUGACUACACAAUGGUGAAGGCUUGUUGUUGCUUGACAUUUCUCAUGGUUAUUUUUAUGGAGGUAUCCAGCUACUCAGUAUUUUUACCAGAAAGAGAAGCCACUGAAGUCUUGAGAAUUAGGAAACGGGCUAAUUAUUACUUUGAAGAAUUCAAGGCUGGAAAUUUAGAAAGAGAGUGUAAUGAAGAAAAAUGUGACUUUGAGGAGGUAAAAGAGAUCUUCCCGACAACAGAUGAGGCUUUAAUAUUUUGGAAUCAACAUGUUGAUGGUGACCAGUGUAAGGAUAAUCCAUGCGUCAACAAUGGAACCUGCCAGGAUUUGGUUGGGGGCUAUAGAUGUCAUUGUCCUGCAGAAUUAGAUGGGCCACAAUGUCAAUAUGAGCUGGUGGCAACAAACUGCACAGAUCACUAUGGUCACUGUGCACAUUACUGCCGGGAACUUCCAGAGAUCAAUAGGCGAAAAUGCUCAUGUGUGAAUGACUACAUACUGAGUGACAACGGGUACUCCUGCGCACCUCAAGGACAGUAUACUUGUGGACUAAUCAAAGAUGACGGACUAGAUCUUCGGAUCGUAGGAGGGAGUAUUAUGAAGAAAGGAAGAAGCCCUUGGCAGGUUCUCCUGAUGAAUGCAAGUGGGCACUUCAUAUGUGGAGGAGUUCUCAUUGAUCGAUUUUGGAUAUUGACAGCUGCUCAUUGCGUUGACAAAGGAAAGCGAUUUAGAGUAAUUCUUGGUAAGCAUAACAGAACGGUCUUAGAAAAAUCGGAGGAUCAUAUCGUCAUACGUACCGUGUACAUCCAUCCUCACUUCAAUCGUAGCGCCAUGGACAAUGACAUUGCUCUCCUCCAAUUAUCCGAGGCUGCAAUCUUCUCUAACCACAUCCUGCCAGUUUGCUUGCCCUUCCAAAUGAUGGCAGAGGAAAAACUACUUAUUCCAAACACCGAAGUGUCGGUCACAGGUUGGGGAGCUAUGGAUGAAAAUGAUGACAGAAUCCGCCCUAGUACUCUAUUAUUCAUCAAUGUCAUGUUGGUUUCCCAUGACAAGUGCAAGGAGAAACUAGGAAAUAAUCUUACAGGCAAUAUGAUCUGUGCAGGAGACCCGAGUUUCAAAAAAGAUGCUUGUAAAGGUGAUAGCGGUGGGCCGAUGGUUGUUGAAACCAAUGGAACAAGGUUUCUGGUGGGACUGGUCAGCUGGGGAGAAGGAUGUGGCCGUUUCCAACGAUUUGGAGUUUACACAAAAGUAUCCAAUUACCUAGACUGGAUAGAAAACGUAAUUAAAAACAGUAUCGCAAAUCGCAAAGUAAUUCCUGAAAAUAAUAAACCAUGUGGCGAAUGUGCAGAGCAAGAAUGGUUACAAGAAUUAACAACCAGUAGAAAGAAUUGGAAUUUAGCAGAGGGACAAGGACACGACCUGAAAAUGCUGGGAUGUUAUUGGUGUUUGGCACCACUGAUGCUGGUCUGCUACAUCGUUAGUGUUGAGAGCUCAGUGUUUAUCCAGAAGAAUGAAGCAACAAGGGUGCUGAAAAUUCAGAAACGUGCAAACUGGCUCUGGGAAGAGCUUAAGCCGGGAUCUCUGGAGAGAGAAUGCUAUGAGGAAUCAUGUUCAUUUGAGGAAGCACAAGAAAUUUAUAAAUCCAGAGAGAGAACUAUGGAGUUUUGGUUUCGCUACAAAAAUUUUGAUCCUUGUCAAUCAAAUCCAUGCCUAAAUGGCGGUUUGUGCAGGCUUGACAGCUACCAAUACAUAUGUCUCUGCCACCCCUUGUGGAAAGGAGCCAAUUGUGAAAUAGGGAACUUGGAUUGUGAAUAUAAGAAUGGCUACUGUCAGCAAUACUGUAGCAUCAGCAGGAGAACACAAAUGCCAGAGUGCUCCUGCGGAGAAGGUUAUCGACUAAAUGAAGAUCAACAGACCUGUUCCAUAAUCGAGCCAUACCCAUGCGGGAGAAUGCCACUGUAUGGAUUACAAACCCGCGGAAUUGAUGAGGAAGAAUAUUCCCUCAAUGAUACAGAUACAGACUUUGAUUACUUAACAAAGUUAAAUUACAGUGAUCCAGAAGCUCGGAAACGAAUUAUAGGUGGAACCAUUUGCCGACGAGGUCUCUGUCCUUGGCAGGUAUUGAUACAUAGCAUGAAUGGCUUUGGAUUCUGUGGCGGGACUUUAAUUAACAGUCGUUGGGUUAUAACUGCUGCUCAUUGCUUUGAAACAAUACGGCCACACUCAAUUACAGCAGGUGAAUUUGAUACACUUCGAACAGAGAAAUGGGAGCAAAAGGUUUUAGUGGAGAUGUUUCUGACACACCCUCAAUAUGACCCAGUGAUAUAUGACAAUGAUAUUGCCCUUUUGUAUUUGAAUCAAUCUGUGAAUUUUACUUUUACUGUUGCUCCAAUUUGUCUGCCGAAUCACAACCUGGGCCAGCUCCUCCUGCAACAUGGGAAAGCAGGAAUGGUAAGUGGCUGGGGAGUAACCCGGGAAAAAGGUACGGCAUCCCGAUUCUUGAGGCGAGUCCAGCUUCCAUAUGUUGAUCAGACGCCUUGCGUAGCAUCAACAAAUUUGACAAUUACAGACAAUAUGUUCUGUGCUGGGUACACAGAUGAGUAUAAGGAUUCCUGUAGAGGGGACAGUGGGGGACCGUAUGCAGUUUUGUAUCGGGAGACGUGGUAUCUGCUUGGCGUGGUUAGUUGGGGUGAAGGCUGUGGCAAAAGUGAAAGAUAUGGGAUAUACACCAGGGUGCCAGGUUACCUAUCAUGGAUACAUAAUUUGUUACUGUUCAGCAACUGAUACACAGUGGAUUUUUAACCAUCACCAUGACAUCAGAAAAAGGAUGAUGUUUGAUAAGUUCUGGUCAAGAAAAAAAGUCAUCGCAACAUGGUAGCAGGUCUCUGAACUAAUUGUUAAAGAAGCAAAUCCAAAAUAUUUUCACUGAAAUACAAAUUAACCUACCACAGAAGUUUCAGCCUAGAAUAGCCACCAUCUAUUAAUCCAGCACCUUCAUUAUACAAAAGUCAGAUGAAAUAAGCAACAACUACAAAACAAUGCCAAAUGUCUAAUAAUAUUUUAGUUGUAUUUUUGUCUGUUGGAAUCUUCCACGUCAACUUCCUGUCAUUUCAUUUUUAGGUUAGUCUGCAUUCAAACAAUAGUUCUAACAUUUUGUCAGCUCACAUUUGAACAUCCCAACCUACUGUUGACAUGGUUUGAACCAGGAAGCCAACGCACAGUAGCCAUUUCGCGUAGUCAGAAGUCCCAGCAAUAAAUUCAAACUUAGUCUCCAAGCACGUGUUCCAAAUGCUUUAGCUACUCCAUUCGCUCCAUGCAGCCGCACCUUAAAUGUUCUUGCAUGGGAUAGCAGUAAGUGACAACCCUCAUCCAAAGCAUCUACUAAAUGGUCUUUAGCAUGUAAUAUAUUGUUAACAAGGUUUAAAAAUACACUCGUUACUGUAAUUAGCUUUCUGACAUAUGUAAAAUCUUACAUAUUUUCAAAUUGUUAAGAUAAUAAACCUGUUAAACAGACACUUAAAA